AUGACCCCGGUACCAGACGAGACCAGAGCGACCAAAUAUGACCACGUCACGAACGAAGGGCGCGAUCGUAUCACGUUCGCUCCAGAAACCACAAUUCCACCUCCUGGUCCCAAACGGACGAGAACUGGGGAGACAAUCGCAUCGAUAUCGAUGCUGCAAGAAAAGCACCCAUCGAGCCUGACGAAGCAGACUUCUAUCGCAGAGGAGAAGAUGGAGCUCGACGACAUUGAUGGCAAUGGCAGUGACGAGAGAGAUUUCAAGAAGAGGCAGGAGUUUAGGGGUCGAAAUCUCUUCUGGUUGUCAUAUCAAUCUAUAGGUAUCAUCUACGGCGACAUUGGCACCUCACCUCUCUACGUUUUCAGCUCAACUUUCACAUCGGGAGAACCAUCGUACGACGACCUACUCGGCUCACUAUCCCUGAUCCUAUGGUCACUGACAUUAAUCGUGACUUUGAAGUAUGCCCUGAUUGUGCUGGAAGCUGAUGACGAGGGAGAGGGUGGCACGUUCGCAGUUUAUAGUCUGCUCUCGCGCUUUAAUGCGCAGUCGUUGAUGCGCGAACAGGCGAAGAUCGUGGAUCGUGACCCAAGGGAGGCGUCGAGGAUAAAGAUGGAGCGCAUCGACUCGAACGUAUUGAAGCCGUCGAACAAAGCGACGAGAAAGUUCCUGGAGAACAGUACCACUCUCAAGAUCUUUCUGAAAGUCCUUGGUGUCUUCGGCGUCUCGCUCGUUAUGUCAGAUGGCGUCUUGACACCUGCCCAAUCCGUGCUGGGAGCGAUUCAAGGCCUUCAAGUCGUCGACGAGAACAUCUCUUCAAGCACCAUCAUCGGCGUGUCUUGCACAAUCCUGAUCCUCCUGUUCCUGCUUCAACCGCUCGGCACAUCAAAGGUCGCCAGCCUGUUCGCGCCCAUCGUCAUCAUCUGGCUCCUCUUCAACUUCUGCUUCGGCAUCUACAACCUCGCCAUGUUCGACCACUCGGUUCUGAAAGCCUUCUCGCCCUACUUCGCCGGCGCAUUCUUCGUGCGCAACAAGACUGAAGGCUGGAAAAUGCUUGGCGGCAUCUUGCUCGCGUUCACUGGUGUCGAGGCUCUGUUCGCCGAUCUUGGAGCCCUCUCGAAGCGCAGUAUCAGGAUCAGCUGGAUCGCGUUCGGCUGGCCGUGCUUGAUGAUGGCAUACGUUGGGCAGGCCGCGUACAUUUCCCGCAAUAAAGGGGCUUACUCGCUGCCGUUCUUCAACACGGUUCCUCCAGGGAUGUUUUAUCCAAGCUUGGUGAUUGCGAUAUUGGCUGCGAUUGUCGCUAGCCAGACGAUGAUUACGGCGACCUUCCAAUUGAUGAGCCAGAUCGUGAAGCUUUCAUACUUUCCACAGAUCAAGGUCGUUCACACCAGUAAGAUAUUUCAUCAGCAGAUAUAUGUACCUUCCGUCAAUUGGUUGCUGAUGGUUGGAACUAUCUGCGUAACCGCGGCGUACAGUAACGUGAGUGCAUCUGCUGCGACUAUCCGUAAGAUGUGGGGCUUACCGGUGUGGCUCAUCGUUGCCGCAUCUCUCAUUUUCCUCACCCUCGACGGCUUGUACCUUUCUUCCGCGCUCACCAAGGUUCCGCAUGGCGCAUGGUUCACCCUCUGUCUUGCUGCUCUGCUCAGCAGCAUUUUUGUUCUCUGGCGCUUCGGCAAGGAGAUCCAAUGGAAAGCAGAAACCUCGGACAAAGUCUCCACCAAAGACCUGGUGACGGCAACGACGGAUGGCAACACUGGCCUGGGCCUCAGGCUGUGGGGCGGAAGUCGAGAGAAUGUAGGGCUCAAGGGCGUGGUGCCUGUUGAGCGCUUACGGGGCAUCGGCAUUUUUUUCGACAAGACCGGAGAUCCUGCGAGCGCACCUGCAGUCUUCGUGCAUUUCCUGUCGAAGUUCCGCGCUAUGCCAGCCGUGACGGUCUUCCUCCAUAUACGUCCGCUUUCGCUUCCAACAGUGGCACCAGAAGACCGAUUCAGCGUCAGCAGAGUCAAAGUCCACUCUGCGUGGAAUGACCAGAGUACGGUGGUGAACGGGUCAUCAGGCCAGGAAGACAUCUUCUACGUCAUACUGCGACAUGGGUACACAGACGAAGUCAUCGGGCGUAACUUGGGCUUGAUCAUCUACGAAGAGCUGCGCAAGUAUGUUAUUCGCAAAGCUGCAUCCGUUCCUCCAGGCGGAGAAACCCAGAUUGAGUCUCCGAGUGGAUCAGCUACCCCCGUAAACCAACUCUCAGAAAACGUCCCAGUCCCUCUGUCACCAAGAGCUAAGCUUUAUCGUCAGACAUCGGUCCGCCAUCUUCUCGCAGCAUUGCAGGAGACGUAUGAGGAACAGGUCAUCUACAUGAUCGGGAAGGAACAGAUGCGCUUGUUGCCAACGUCUGGCUACCAUUCCAACAGCAUGCAAACGAUUGCACUCACCAAGUAUAACACUCGAAGCGCCCCCACUGCCUUGUUACAAUUCAUUAUACGACCUUUUGCGUCCCUAUUGACAGGGCCGGGCAAGCCGCUGCCAGCGGGCUCACCAAGACUGACACCCCCAUCAUCGACGACCAAGUCCUGCAAUGUGCAAGAGCGUAACAUUGACGAUGUCUGGGUCUACGAUAUCACUGCCAAACCGUCCCACACCUCCCUCCCAAACAAACCGACUACAGCAUCUCCAACACGCCGCAGAAUCUUUUACAUCGCAGGCGGCAGCCAACACGACCCUCCAUCCCCGGAUCACUGGCGCUUCGUCACAGCCCUCGCCCACAAACUCUCAAAUACCACCAUCAGCCUCUUGAGCCCCCCGCUGUCCCCUCACUCGCCAGCGCCCACGACGUUCCCGCACCUGACGAGACUUUUUCGAACGCUCCUCACCACAGCGCAUGAGGCGAGCGAGACGGUCAUAUUUGUCGGCGACUCUUCUGGUGCCAAUCUCGUGUUUACCGUGAUGUUGGAGGUGCUUCAAUCAUCGCCCGCGACGCCCGCGCCAGAGAGCAUCAUGAUGAUCUCGCCCGUCGUGGACCUCAGAUUCACUAACCCAGACAUCGCGAAAAUCCAAGCGAAGGAUCCUGUGCUGCGGCUGCAAAACUCAAAGAAGACUGCUGCUAUGUGGGCGAGUGCCUGGAGUCUAGAUGACACGCGGUUGUCGCCUGUUUUGGCGGACGUGGCGGUGCUCAGGGAGCGCGAUGUUAAGGUGCAUGGCGUUACGGGCGGGUCCUCUAUCUUGAACAACACACUGAACAGUGACUACGACAUGCUGCAAGUCUACCUCGAUCCCUGCACCGUCAACUGCAGGAAGGUCUUGGCUGGACUAAACUUGCUGGAUGCGAAAUUCAAUGUGAAAAACAUCAAUUACUUUACGGGCGAGCACAAGUCAGAGGAAUACCUAAAGGUCAAUCCAAAGGCAACUAUACCAGCUGCUGUUGACGGCGACCUGACUAUUACCGAAUCAAACGCUAUCUUGCAGUAUGUUGGGGACGUGAACGGUUCCUCAGCGUACGCAAAGGACCCAAAGACACGUGCAAAGAUCAAUAGUUGGCUGCUGUGGGACCAGGCAAAUUGGUUCCCAAGCAACUACGUCUAUCUUGUCGAAUAUGUUGUGAAGCCUCUUUUGAAAGCAGAGCCAGAUGAGAACACUAUCAAGACCGAAGCCGAAAAAUGGCAUAAGCUUGCUGGCAUAUUAGAUGCAACUCUUGCUAAGACAAAAUGGCUUGCAGGUCAUGAAGUGUCGAUUGCCGACAUUGCUAUUGCGGCACCCAUGCAUCUGCAUGAAGCCCAACGGCUCCCACUGGACGACCAUCCCAACCUCAAACGCUGGCUAAUUGAAGAUAUUGAGAAGUUACCAUGCUGGAAGAAGACUCAAGAGGCGGACGACACGGCGCUGUUGCCAUCUGCAAAGAGUGAGGCAACGACGAACGGCGAUUCCAACUCUCAAUCGGAAGUUCGCGCAACCUUUAACUACACUAAGGAAGUCGACAAACUCACUGAGCUCUAUUUCUACGACACCGAAGCAGCCAAAGACAUUCACGAGCCUGGCGACGAUCCACAUGAGAUGGCAGUGACUGACGGCUGGCACCGCGCCGACUCCUUCUCCGUAGACAAAGAAGGCUUCUCCCUCAACGACUUCAAGACAUCAUUCAGCAACUGGGAGGACGAAGAGGCCGUCAAAGCCAACUUCUACCCCGAAGUAGUGGAGUUUCUCAAAACAACCGUGGGAGCAAAGCGCGUCCUCGUCUUCGACCACACCAUCCGCACCAAAGCCAACGUCGCCAAGAAAAUCACCCAAGAGACCAACACCUCGCAGCGCGCCCCUGUGAUGCUCGUGCACUGCGACUACACCAGCGAGUCAGGCCCACUGCGCGUGCGCCAACUCUUACCUGACGAAGCAGACGACCUGCUGUCCCGCCGCGUGGCGUUCCUCAAUGUCUGGAAACCCAUCCACAACGUGGUCGAAGAGCGACCGCUGGCGAUGUGCGACGUCACGACCUCCCCGCCCGAAGACUUCUUCAAGCUGCAUCUGAGGUACCGCGAUCGUAAUGGCGAGAACUAUGUCAUGAAACACUCGCCGAAGCAUAAGUGGUGGUACUUUCCGAAGGUCACGCCCGAGCAGGUUAUCCUGUUGAAGACUUAUGAGUCGGAGCGAGAUGGUAGGGCUAGGUUUGUGAGUCAUAGUGCGUUUGAGGAUCCGACUAGCCCGGAGGAUGCGAAGACGAGGGAGAGCGUGGAGAUUAGGACUAUUGCGUUCUUUUAG